GCCACCAGAGGGCGCAGCGAAGGAAAGCUUCAUUUUGAUUUUCACAUUAGCUGCUUGAAGAUGCAUGGAAGGUAUGUGGUCGACUCCCGCUACCUGUUUUGGUAUCCGGUGUUGCCUUUUAAUACGUUGUUUCUCGUUGUUGCUUGAUGUUAGCAUUCGUCUACAUUGCAUUAACAAUGUAAGCUUCUUGUAAGACAGCGCGGUCUUGACUGAACCUAAUGAUAGUCUGAACAUCUCCACCAGGUUGCUAUUGUCCUGUAAACAAAGUGGCUAGCUAGCGUGGUAGCAUCAGCUGUUGAGUCAAGUGAGAGACUGGACCUUGGUCACUGUGUCUGUAUUUGUUUAACCCGGUGCAAGCACACGCAGAUUCGCAAGAGCGCUAGUGCAUUUCUGUGUUUUGUUGUUGUUGUUUUUGCUGCACCUUAAAAAAGAGAGUCGUCACCCAUCCGUUCAUGGAUGGAUUCACUUUGACAAGCAGUAGCGAGAUGGGGUAACGAUACUUCCCAUAAAUUCGCCUUCUUGCCGAGGUGAGCCUUUUGCCUGUUAUGCAACACAUUUGGGAACACGUGGACGUCUAGGUAGCAGUGAUUUUGUUUUUUAUGGUGCAUGACAUGUGUGUAAUUGGCGGUUUAGUCUUCCUCUUAAUCCUGUUUUGCUGAAGCUAGCUGUUACUGCAGCCACGGUUGUCUCAAUGUUUACAUCACUUAGUUUCCCAAAAUGAUACUGCUAAUAUUGGCACUUUGUUCAAAUAAAGCGUAAUUAUAUAAUAUAAACCAUAUUUACUGUAGCUACACUGACUAGUUGCAGAUGUAUUCAUCCUCUAAGGGCAGAGUGUUACAUUUUCCAUCCUGUUGGUCAGCCAUUGUGAGCUGAGUGGCCUGACAUACCCAUUAUAGGAUGCUUUCAUCGCCAUCCACUUAGGCUUCUCCAUCAGUUAUAGGGAUUUUACAUUGAAGUGGGUGUUGUUGAGUGAGGAGGCAGCCUGCUAAUCCACCAUCCUCUUUUUAUUUCCCCCUGUAGGACAAGGAAGAGGUGUGAGAGCACAGUGUGAGAGGUGGUCUUCCCUUAAAGUUGUGUCUGCUGGAUUGGACACGCUGAGUGGGUGGGUGUGUAAAACGGGUGGAUGUUUAUAUGGAUGCGUUUGACUGCAUGCAGAAUUAGCAGCCAGGCCUGAUGGAAAAGAGAGACAGAAAGCCGGGGUAUUUUGCAAGGUAAGAAGCUCUUUUUUUCUUCAGUUGUUGUCAAGCAGUAGAAGAGAUGUCAGGCUUUAGGAACUAUGAAAUUGUUUGACUGUACAAGAAGACUAUUUUCUGGAGAAAAAUAAGUUAACUAAACUGUAAAACAAUGACAAAGUUCACACGGGUAGCGACAGCAAUGCAGCUUAAAUGUAAAUAAACAGAGGGACAUGAUUUGCCUACAAAUGUGUGAAUAUAUACAUAGAAUUUGCUUCAGAGAACAUGUUUAAAUGUUUUUAGUUGUUAUACAAUUAGAAACUCUAUUUGCACAAAUUCUGCAUGUUGUUGUAAUUGUAGAUGUUGUGAGUCGUGACUUGACCUGUUUAUCCUCUUCGUUAUACUCACAAAGCGACUGCAGUGUCACGUCACCCCUUCAGUUGAUUUUUGUAACAUGAUAGAAGGUCAUUUAAAAUGACUCUUUUGUAACAAGAUAUUGGCUUGGUACAAAACUGAACAAGUGAUGCCCACUAGCGCAACACAUCACAUAAACAGAUAUCAAGGCAUUAUAUCUGGCAGAGGGCUUUUUUAACUACUGUGCUCAUGAUCAAUUCAUUUCACCCAGCGAAAGCAUAUCAAAAAGUACGGUGUAAAGUCCAAAACCUUAUGAAAUAGGCUCCCCUUGGUGGUGGUGGUGGAGGGGGGGUUUACAAGGCUAAAUAAAAAUAAUGCACAUAGUGUUAUAGUGUUGCACUGCCGUGGCAAAUGUCAGCGGACCUCCGGGAAAACGCAAGGGCGACAACAACACUACAUCAAGACCAAGUACUGAUCAAAACUGGACAUUGAAAAUGAACUGAGGGUGGCAAUCUCACAGCUGCACCCAAGACUAGGUAAGAUCUGUGGCACUAAACAAGCACACUGUAGCCACCGACUUAUUUUAGGGCUGAAAGAAUAUAUUUACCUAAGUACCUAAGUUUUCAAAUUGUUCAUCUUCAGAAAUGCAGAUUUUUAAAGACUGGUUAAAAGGUUUGAAGUUUCAUCGAAGUAAAUUGAAAAACAACAGCAGCUUGUAACAGAUGGUGUGGUUUUUUAUACAUUCACAUAUUUUUCAUUUACAUGUUGAUGUGUACAGUCAGGUGUAGGGGGGCCUGAAACAAUUUUUAUCUGCAAAAGAAAAAGUUUGUGAACCACUGUUGUAGUGUGACUGUGGCUUUUCCAUUACAGUGUACAGUGUUUGUAGCUUUACAUUAUGCCGUCAAGGUGUAUUAGGUUAUUAUCUAUUCCUGCUUUGAUCAGCACCUUAGAGUCACACGUGUCUAAGCUGUAUCCAACUGAAACAGCCUCCCAUAAUCCCACUCAUGAGUCAGAGCUCUUUCAAUAAUUGAUCAACAGGAAUCACAGUUGGUUUAAAACUAGCUUUCUGCAGCACCAUGAAACACGAUAACAGGAAGUGUGUAGAAAGAAGUUUGUCACAGCUAUGGUGCAUCAACUGAAAAGCCAUCUGCAGGUCAUGGACAGAGAUGGGCUCUUUUCUCCCUGACGUCUGCUGCACCGAUGACAUGUGUCAUUCAAGUAAUCAGUUAUGAUCUAGCAGUGUAGUGAUUAGCUGUGCCGCCUGAAAAUGUCAAAAAAAUACUUCAAAAUACUACAGUCUUGUUUUUCCCAUCUCCACAUGACUUGGUGAUCAACAUCACGUCAUAGCAUGAAAAACUAGAAUACAGCGUAUUUACAUUGUUCGAAGUCAUAGACUAGGUAAACAAUAUCUCAUCAUUCUUAAAGCCCCUCAGCAGAACUUCAAACCAGAAAAACUGGAGUCGUUGAGCAUGGCUUUGUGAUAAAUGUCAUGAGGUAAUGCACUGCAGCCUAAUGGGCUUCAUUGUUUCUUAUUAUGUCUCAGGUUACUUGCUCAGGCUCUCCUGACUUGCAAUUUGUCUUGCUUCAAUAAUUGAAUUGGGUAAUGUUGGAAAUGUCACAUUAUGGGGAGAAAUAUCACAGAAGCAGUACAUUAAAUGUUAAUUAAAUUCAGGCUUUGACUUUCAGUCACAGUAGAGGAGGUGUUUUCCUGCAAAACCACAAGAGUUCAUGAUUGGUAAAAAAUAAAGAAAAACAGUGAAAAAUAGGGGCAUCUGCAGCUGCUUUAACAAAUCCUCAUAUUGUGGCAACAAGGAAGGAAAACCAACCUUAUCUCCUAACACAGCUACUGCUGCUCUAACAUGUAGCCCUCCUGCUAGCUGCACCAUAUGCUGUACACUUCCUGACAAAUAGAGCAAAGGCCAACAUGGAGCAUACACACAUGCAGCGACACAGUGACAAUAACAAGUGUGAAGCUAUUACAGGGCUUUUCCCCUUGUAUUCUUUCACAACAGCGAAACCAGUAAAUGUAGGUAGAAACCUCUGAGGCUUAAUAACAGAAAAACAUACCAUCACUAAUCUUAAUGUCAAGUUUAAGGGACAAAAAUAACUGCUAGUACUGAGUCGCAUACCAUGCCAAACCUCAAUGUAGAAGAAAUCACAACACAGAUAAUGCUGUUACAAGUGCUUUUAAGUAGAAUAUUUUUGAAGUCAAACCAAUGGUACGCCAUUUUCGUAGACAAAAAUGUGCAUUUUAAAGAAGAAAACAAAUUUCCAAACAGGUCUGCUCUUCGAUAACUAAAAAUUCAGAGGCACUGAAAGCUCAGUUUGUAUACCAGACCAUCUCAAUCUAAUUCACCAGAAGACUAAUGUCAAGCCUAAUUGAGCAACAUAGAGAGCAGAGAAGCUGGUUAAGAAACACUGUACGUCAAGUUACUGUUGUCACGGUGAUUCACCCAGCAGUCAAAGCCUCAUGGUUGCUGAGAAAACUGACACAUCGUCCUGGGCUGCGUUUGCCAGAAAAUUCAUGGAUGGGAGACUGUGAAUCAAAGUGGGAGGAGGUUUUACGGUCAGAUGAAGAUUUCCUUGAAGGCAUCUUACUUAACUUCGUUUUGAAUGUAAGCUGGAGAAUUUUACACUGCAGCACCGAGUUUGUAGGAGUGUGAAUCACCGGCAGCUCCAUAAUACAAUAUUAUCAGGAUACUUGGGCCACGAUACGAUAUUACUGCGAUUUUUAACAUUUCGGAGUUAUACAAUUUUUUCAACUGUUUAGCUAAUUUAGCAUUUGUCUUUCCUUUUAUGUUUGUUGUUUGUUGAAUUUAUUUUUCCAUUAUCAUAGAUUUGACUUCAUAUUAACAAUUAAUUUGAUAAAAUCGAUACUUGAUCUAUGAAAGGAUACGAUAUAUCACCAGACAAAAUAUCGCGUUACUAUGCUAUAUCGAUUUUUUUCUCCCAGUGUACUGGUUAAACAUGAAGCAAAGUAGGUCAACAUAAAAGCUGAUGAAAUUUUAAAAAGUCUGGCUCUUGCAUUAUUGAAUAAUGCUAUCACACACUGCACAUUUUCCCACAUGCUACACAGGCCCAGCAGAAACCUGUUUGACUUGUUAUAAUCAGUCAGGUUAGAGUUAGAGAUUCGAUUAAGAGCCAGUCGGAAAUUUGUGUCAUGACCCAGUAAAGGUGUGUUUGCUUGAGUUUGAUUAACUUUGCACAAGAGGGAAAUCCAUAGAGAGUGAAGGUCUUUUGCUGUCAUCAGCAGGUUAAUUUCACAACACUAUCCAAAGGAGAGCUAAUACUUUUGCAACACAAGGCUGGAAGUGGAAAAGAUUUUAUUGAUAUUCAUUUCCUUGAUCCAUGUUUGGUUUUGAUUAGUUUUCAGCUGGAAACCUAUGUCCCUUAUUAUCUGUCAAGUGUGAACCCUUUAAGGGAGUUGAGUAACAUGCGACACAGAUGUGCAGAAGCACUACUGUUCAAACCAGUGGUUUAAAACAUAAAUAGAUACUGUGUUUGCAUCUUUUCUUAUGGAAGGAAAUGAAUACAGACACUGAGAUCGUGGGUGCUGACAAAUUGCCCUGGCAAUUUAGGAGUCUGAGUCUGGAAUAAAACCAGUUAAUUUAUGUAAAUGAUAUAUGGUCUUCUCUGUGGCAUAUUAAAACUUAUUUUGGCAGUACUUGUGGAAAAACUGAUUAUCUAAGUAUUAAAUAUGAGAGUAUUAUUGAGUGGAAGUGAUUGCGAACUUAUAUCAUCCUUCUCUAACAAUGGCUCACCGGUUAUUUUUUUGCCUAAGCAGGGUGUAUUGUUAGCUUUGUGAAAGCUCAACUUAGCCAAGCCUUUUAAGUAGAAACAUGUUCGCAUGCAGAGCGUCUCCAAAGUGUCUCUUUCUCUAUUAUUUCGCUCUUAUUAUGAACUGCAGGUUAGAGACAGAGAGGAAGGGCUGAGAUAGUGAGAUGAAACCUCAAGAGUGAAACAGACUGUGCUGCUGGAAAUUUCUGGGCUCACUACCAGAUGUGAGCUGCAUCGCUUUGAGAGGGCAGGGCCUGAACUCUGUCUGUCUGCAGCUUUAUCGACCCACUCUUACCUUUCCAUUAAGGCACUCCAACACUGAGGACACUCCACUUUUCACUUUUCUUUUAUUCUUACUCAGCGUGGGGCUGCGCGGGCAAACCCUCCUUCUAUCACUUACAGCUCAUAGUAAAUCAAUUUGCUCUUAUCUUUUCUUAACAUACUCAUUCCCACACUUUAGAUUUCAGCAGGGCUCACCCAGCAAGCUUUAUCCUUAAGUGCACCACCAACCCAUGAUACCGCUGCACUGCAGUGGACCCCCAUAAUGAACCCCAGCAGGGCUAGGAGACACUGUUACAUCACUUUCUCUCUUAUUAAUGAUUGAAGAGGAGAAGAGGAUGGUGUGAGUGGAGAGCACCGCUAACUCAGCAAAGUAGAGGGUAAAAAAAGUUUCGUCUCAUUGUGAUAACUCCAUAACUCUGGACAGAAGGCCUGAGUUCACUUCUGAAGUUUUGCUGAUGAAGCUCUGAAUUGCUAAAGCCUAACUUUGAGGUUGUUUUAACUCUGUAGGCAAAGUGGUAUAUCUGAUACUUUUGCUGAUCUUGUUCUGUAAAUGCAUGACUAGUGUAUCCUGGUAAAAAGAAUCUCAUCCUGCUUCCUUUAAGCUGUCUCUCUCCCUGAAUCCUUUUCCUUGAAAAAUGUAAACAAAGGCUGUUUCUGCAGUGUGCUAUUCAUCAACUUGUCAGGUGCUGACUCAGCGGCUGGGGACGCAGGCAUCAAAAAUAUUAGAACAGAAAAAGUCAAUCUUCCCCCUUAUGGAGUUUGUAGGUCGUGCCAAAGCAGCUGUACUAAGUUUCACUUUGUUUCAUAACAAGUUGACGACUCUUCUGUCUGGUAUCUGUGUGCUUAUGUAGACACAGUAAUGUAGACACAGUAACCCUUAGGGACAAAAAAAAAAAAUACACAAUAUGUCUUUUUUUUUCCUUGCAAGGUUUUGUAUACAAAGUGUAAAAACUCCAGUUUAUCCUCUCAGAGUACACUGCAGUACAAUUUAAAAAAUGUACAAUUAAAAAUCUAAAAUGACCUCGAUAUCAAAAGUUUGUCGGAUAUAGCUUUUAAAAGGUUAAAGGGAUAUUCUGGCAUACAAUUAAGUUAUGGUCAAACACACCGUAACACAGUGUUAGACACCCUCCCGAGAGAUGAAUGUUGCCGACCGCUUAGCUACAGCACUAGCCAACAAACAUCUUUUUUCUCUGACGAGUCGAUCAUUGAGUGCAGUGGAGUUUCGCAGCUCAAGGAUGAACAUUUAUGAUUGUUACUUCAUCGAAAUGCAGUCAGAACGAGAUGCAAAGGCAGAAGAACUACUGCAUCUGCAGUGCAAAAUGAUUAAUAUGAUGAUUAUUACUUCAAGGAAAUGAUCCACUGCACUCAAUGAUCGACUCAUCAGGGCUUCCCCAUCAACUAUCGGUUGCUGGGGGAGGGUGGGUGAGUUGUGUUUGGUCUCUUUGCUAAAGAAAUCAGGCAAAGCUAAAAAGAUGUUUGAUGGCUAGUGCUAUGGCUGGGACCCUAUAUGUACUGUUGAUAAAGUUAUGUGCUCUUCUGGGCAUUAUUUGUGGCUAUAGAGUGGCUUUUUGGUUGAGGUUUGCACAUGGAGACGCAAACCACUAUGUAUUGCUAUCAUGCAGUCGUUACUAAAGUUGGUAUAAUCAGAGAAGCAAGCAGUCGGCAACAUUCAUCUCUCGAGGGGGUGUCUAACUCAGUGUUAUGUUGUGUUUGACCAUAACUUACUUUUACCCCUAAAUAUCCCUUUAAGCUGGUAACAAGGUGCUUGUCGUAAGCAUUGAUUGAUAGUUAAUGAGCCACACAUAAGACCUUAUAAGAUGCUAUUAAAUGCUAAGCAUUCAUUAAAGCAUGACUCACACAUUUAUUAUUGCACACAAGACACCUAUUAGACAUUAUUGCGUGUGAAAAUGUAAUAAUCUUAAUGAGACACUGUUCCCUCUUCAGAUCCAAGAGCUGCAAAGGAGCCAAGUUUUUUUUAUGAAAGAGUUCAUGGUUUCACUGAACGAGUCGAGAUAAACUUAUCUGUGCUCUACCAUCAGGUUGAAGAGGCGGAGACAGCUCAAGCAGAACCAAUCAGAGAAGAGUGUUAAUGAGCAGAGCCCCGUGAUCAUCUCCUUUCCAGACAUCUCAAAUGAGGGCGAACCCAACAAGAAGACAGACCUUCAGAGAAUAACAUCCAAGCCCCCUGCUGGCUCAGGUGAGACCUGCAUUCAAACUUCACAGAUCAUUAGCAUUAAAACUGAACAACAGGACAGCAUACCAAUUUUGAAGUCAUAGCAAUGUUAACAACAAAUAACGCUUCAGCCAUCACAUUAUCUUUAAUGUGUCCAAAAUUUAGAUCAUAUGCUCGCAGGAACAAAGACCACCUUGUUAGCCUUUGGUUUGGACGUCUAAGACAGUGCAUCCAGUUCCCAUACACACAUCACCAACAAGCCGAAAUAAAACGAGGCUUUCACGCCAUUGCCGGAUCCCCGAACAUAAUUGGAGCCAUAGAUUGCACCCACAUCGCAAUAAAAGCCCCUUCACACAGUAAAUUCAGUUUUGUCAACAGGAAAAGAUUUCAUUCAAUCAAUGCACAAAUAAUCUGAGAUGCACAUUUGUUUCUGUUAAACGUUGUUGCCCGGUGAACUAGAGGAACGCACGACUCAUUCAUUCUACAGAACUCUUUAGUAGCUUUUGUCAUAACCUUGCUCGACAAAUAUGACAAAUAUGACAAAUAUGACAGUGACAAAUACGGGAGGGACACAGAAAGACUUGCGAAAGUGGCUUGUUUACUGUAAAAAGUAAACCAGACAAGAACGCAACGGCAAAACAAGGAGUGUGUUAGUCAGUGCAGUUAGUGGUGGGAAUGUGGAUGACUGUAAUGAUGAAGUGUGGGGUGUUGUCAAGUAAAACAAAGCAAAAAUGUGCAUGCAAAGGUUUGGUGAAAUGAGAGAGUGGGAAGCAGCAGGGUUGAGCUUUUAAUCCUGCCAGGACCAGGAUCAGGUGAUCCAAAUCAUCAUCCUCAAUGGCACUCGGGUAUCUGUACUGUAAAGCAAGGGGGAGGAGACACGACAGGAUAGGCUACAGCAGGGCGGUCACACUUUAAGACCCCAAACCUUCCCUGUCUUUAUACUAACCAGAAGUGUUAUAUUUUUUUAUUUUGUUGUUGUCGUUUUUAGGCCUCCAUAUUUAGACCACCAACAUGUCAACUCCAUGUAUUUGUAUCUAUAUCACUCUGAUUCCCUUUCCUUCCGGUCUCUGUUGUGUGUGUGUGUGUGUGUGUAACACUGGGAUCUUCUGUGAAAGGAACAACCUCAGCAGUUUUACACAGGAAGUUGCAUAAGCCUCAUCCUGUCUUAGUGUACUAAUAAUGAUGAUACUCAAGUAGUACUCAGGGAUUUUAUGAGUGUUGAGUUCAUAUGUGUUUGUGUUUUUUUUUUCAAAACAAAACAAAAAAAACUGAAUCUGCAUUGUUCCAAAUGUUAAUGCACAACAAACUUUUAAAACACUUGAAAGGUCUUACAGAACUGAAAAAGUCACUUGUUAAAUUUGCAGUAUCAGGAGGUCAUAUUUAUUGAAAUUAAACGUUAUUUCAAUGAAAAAAUCUUAACAGGCCAAGUAACAUGUUAACAUAGGGCCCCCUUCUUGGUUAUCACCUUUACAAUUGAACUUGUGAGUUUUUGGAGAGUUUCUGCUUGAAUUUCUUUUUUUAGAUGUCCCUCACACACCAUGAGUUUUUCUCCUUUUAUGCCCAUAGCAGCCAAUGAGACAGAGGUAUUUUUUGCAGCAUGAAUGGUAAAUUGUCAUGCAUGAAGAUAAUUUUGCUACAGAAGGCACAGUUCUCGCUUUUGUACCAUGAAAGGAACUAGUCUAUCAGAAACUCUAUAUUCUUUUCCAAGCUCAUUUUCACACCUCCAGGGACCCUUAAAGGGCCAACCAGCUCUCUCUCUCUGUAGUUCCAGCCCAUAACAUGACUCUGCCACCUCCUUGUUGUUGCCGCAGCCUUGUUGGUGAUGUGGUUGCUAUCGACUAGGGGUGGGUGAAAAAAUCAAUACAGCAUAGUAUCGCGAUAUUUUGUCUGGCGAUGUAUCAUUUCGUCCCAUUGACCAAGUAUUGAUUUUUCAGCGUUAAUAAGACAAACAUAAAGGAAAGACAAAUGCUAAAUUAGCUAAACAGUUGAACAAUUAUAUAAAUUGCAAUAUAUCGUAUCCCAAUACUCACUGUAUUGCAAAAUGUUAAAAAUCGCAAUAAUAUCGCAUCGUGGCCCAAGUAUCGUGAUAAUAUCGUAUCGUGGGGCCACUAGUGAGUCCCAUCCCCACCAUCCACCAACCAUCCACUACUCCAUCAUCUGUGGGAGUGGAUGAUUGAAUGUUUUGACACUAAGAUCUAAUCAGCAUUAUAAUUUGGAAUAUGGUGUAAACAGCUAUUUUGCUGUCUGAAAUUGCGUGUGGAUUAAUGGACUUGGAGUUCUGGAACUGGAGUUAUUCAUGCAGCAGAUCAGCCAGCUGUGUAAACUCGGGACCUUGCCUGUAUUGUUUUCUGCAGCCCCUCAUAUGAUGUAUGAUGAUCUGUACCUUAAUAGACUGAGGUUGAAAUGCUCUAAAAUCGGUCAUAGCACGUCACCAGCCACAGCUCAGUAUCAACUCUGGAUUGUAAAAAGUGAUGGUGGCCCAUUUUUGGUGCAGCCAGAGUCUGCCAGACUAAUGCUGAGUCAUGCCCUUGGUUUCCACGGAGGAGUCCAGUGUAAUUACGCAGCUGGGGGAGUGGUAGGUUAAUCGUUCCUGUGUUCUUGGCAAGAAGAAAGUGCUGACUGUGGGCUUUGUGUACGACAAGGGUCAGACUGUUAGCGUGUUUUAUGAUAACAGCUUCAGCAUGUGUUUAUAGCCGGAUAACAACAGGGGACAAAUGAGCUCUGGUACUAACACUGAAGGAAAUGAGACACAGAGGAUAUAUUCAAGAGGGUCAUCUCUUUAUAUCUGCUUUUUUUGUCGUGUCACAGAAACACUGGAUUUAUUAGAAGUAGACUGUAUGUUAGAGGUUCAGAUCAGCAGUAUUAAAACAUAUAUUCAUCAUAAUAAUGAGAUUUAUUUGACCUCUGUCUUCAUCCUCCUCUUGUUUUCUCAUAGAUGAUGGCUGUAAAAGUAAUAAUCAGGCCAAGAGGGAGAAAAGGAGGCCACCGGGAACUGUGGAGUUCACUGUGAGUGAGACUUCAGCUUUAACCUAUUCAAGUACUCCUGCUUAUUUACCGAAGUGUUGUUUCAUGAUGAGGGACACUUUACAGAGUGGUUUGUCUCUUUUUUUCAGGUGGGACCUGAUGAUUCCCUCAACAGCAUUGCGCUCAAGUUCAACAUCACCCCAAACAAACUAGUCCAGCUCAACAAGCUCUUCUCUCGCAGUGUUUACACCGGCCAGGUGAGAGUCCAGAUUCUUGCACAAAUAUCUGCUGCAGUCUUUGUGUUUGACUGAUUUGUCACGGGUUAUUUAUUUUAUUUUUUUUAAACAGAAACUGUUUGUUCCCGACUCCAACCAGUCAGAAACUGACCUGAAGUCUCAUUGUUCAACUGACACUACACUCACAAAUGGGUCAUCAGAGAAAGGAUCACAUGUGAGUGUCAAAGUGUUUGUUGUAUUUCCUAGACUUGACAGCAUUAAUAGGAGUUAAUGGAGGCCUUUUAGGGACAAAUUUCCUGAAAAUGACGCUGACACAUACUUUAAUUAGAUCCCCCCCAAAAGGUCACAUGUUAGACAAAACAACAAAGAUCUUUGAAGAUGGAUAAAUCCACCAAUUAUCUCAGUUUUAAUUUACACAGGGCAGCUUCUUUCUUCUUCACUCUAUUCUUAUUCUUAAGGAAAACUAUGACUCAAAUGCAUCAAAAUUUUGUGUUAGCGCCUCUAAAGUAAAAUGCUGCCCUCCUUCUUAUUGAAUCACAAGGUUCCUUUACAAUAGAGGUGAGAAGUUAUUAAUGCAUGAUGUAAAAAAAUAAUAAUUUGGCCUAAAUAUUAGAAAUGGGGAGUUGGACUUAAAGGGAUAUUUAGGCUUAGAUUUAAGUUAUGGUCAAACACACCAUAACGCAGAGUUAGACACCCUCUCGAGAGAUGAAUGUUGCCGACCGCUUGCUUUUCUAGUUAUACCAACUUGAGUAAUGACCGCACGAUAGCAAUACACAGCUGUCUAUGUCUCCAUAUGCAAACCUCAACCAAAAAGCCACUCUAUAGCCACAAGUCAACCACCAAGUGCAGUGGAUCAUUUCCGUGAAGUAAUAAUCAUCAAAAUAAUCACUUUGCACUGCAGAGGCGGUAGUUCUUCUGCCUUAGCGUCCCAGUCUGAUUGCUUUUCCAUGAAGAUAUAAUCAUACAUUUUCCGCUGAACUCGUUGAUCAACUUGUCAGGGCUCCCCCGCAAACAAGCAGCUGCUGGAAGAGAGUGGGUGAGUUGUGUUUGGUCUCUUUGCUAAAGAAAUCAGUCAAAGCUAAAAAGAUGUUUGAUGGCUAGUACUAUGGCUGGGACCCUAUAUGUACUGUUGAUGAAGUUAGGUGCUGUUCUGAGCAUUAUUUGUGGCUAUAGAGUGGCGUUUUGGUUGAGGUUUGCACGUGGAGACAUAGACCGCUGUAUAUUGCUAUCAUACGGUGUUUUAUAAAGUUGGUAUAACUAGACAAGCAAGCAGUCAGCAACAUUCAUCUCUCGAGGGGGUGUCUAACUCAGUGUUGUGGUGUAUUUGACCAUAACUUAAUUUCACGCCUGAAUAUCCCUUUAACUGUCAAGAGUCACUCGUUGUCGACCCGAAAUCGAGAUGGAAUGAAGCAUCAUGAUGUCGAUUCAAGCUUCACUAAAAACAGCAUCAUUAUGAAUUUCCCUUUUUUUUUUUUCUUGUAGGAUGGCACUUCAAACAGAACGUCAGCAAACUCCAUCCGACGUGAGCUCUCCCCAAACUCAGAGGAUGAGAGCCCAGCAACGGUGAAGUUCAUAAAGAUGAGCUGCAAAUAUUUCACUGAUGGCAUGGUGAGAAGCCUGGAAAUGUUGGUGAUAAAUUGUUCGUUUAUGUGCAUUUGAAUUGAUAGCUUGGAGAAGGAACCCCUUACUGUUUUUUUUCUGUUUUUCACCCCUCUUAUUGUCCACUCCACCCUUCUGUAUCUCACUGUGUUUUUUGUCAUUGCAGGGUGUGGUGGGAGGCGUGCUCAUUGUCACACCAAACAACAUCAUGUUCGACCCCCAUAAGUCCGACCCCUUGGUGAUCGAGCACGGCUGCGAGGAGUACGGCCUGAUCUGCCCCAUGGAGGAGGUGGUCUCUGUGGCUCUGUACGAUGAUGUGUCCCGCAUGAAGCUCAAAGAUGCUCUUCCAUCGUAAGAACAUCAUCUCACUAACCGUCUUACCCUCUCUUUUCUAACGGUUCCUCUUACAGCCCUGAUUUCCUCAUUCCUGUUCCUCCUUCCAGUUUCAUUUAUAAACACCCGGUUUCUUUUGUCAUGAAUAAAAUAGUUUGUAGAAAAGGCCUUUUAAAUUCAGAGACCUCUGCUGCCUCUCUUUGUUCAUCUGUGAAGUACUUUUGUGACUGCUCAGUCUUGUUUAGUUCUAAGCCUUCAGUUUCCACUUGUUCUAGUUUUGUAUCUUUUUCUUUAAACCUUUAAUUUAUUCUUCAUUAAUUCAUAUGAUUUGUUUUGCAUAAUACAUGUUUAAGUUUGCUUUUUUUGAGUUUGUGUUCCAUUCUGGUCAUUUAUUAUUUCUGUUGGUCCUUUGUUUUUGUUUUUCAUUUUCAUCCCGGUUUGUGGUGCGGUAUGUGUGGUGCCCCGUGACCCCACAGAGAUCUACCCCAGGAUUUAUGUCCUGUGUACAGGCCCGGCGACUGGGAGCAACUGCCAUCAGAGCGAGAUUUGAACCCCUUCAGCCGCUACGAAGCUCUUGAUAAGAAGCAGCCGAUCGUCUUGGACGACCUUGAAUCAACUCUCUCAGAAACUGGUAAAAUCCUCGACUUCAGAGUUGACAUUUGACUCAUAAUCAUUCCCUCUGUAGUGAUUUAACUGUCCAGGUCUCGUUAAAUUAUUCACCUCUCUUGCCAACAAAUAUGGCCUCUAAGAUUUCAAAUUAAUUUGUGACAAGAUACCAAUAAAUCCAUGUUUUGAUCAUGAAAGAUUAUGGUUACCCAGGAACUUUGUUUGGGGCAAAUUUUUUAUUCAAGUUGUCAAAAGGGAUAUUCCGACGUAAAAUUAAGUUAGGGUCAAAUACACUACAACACUGAAUUAGACACCCCCUUGAGAGAUGAAUGUUGCCGACUGCUUCCUUCUCUGAUUAUACCAACUUUAGUAACGACCGCACGAUAGCAAUACACAGCGGUCUAUAGGUCCACGCGCAAACCUCAACCAAAACGCCACUCUAUAGCCACAAAUAAUGCUCAGAACAGCACCUAACUUCAUCAACAGUACAUAUAGUGUCCCAGCCAUAGUACUAGCAAUCAAACAACUUUUAAGCUUUGCCUGAUUUCUUUAGCAAAGAGACUAAACACAACUUACCCACUCUCCUCCAGCAGCCGCUUGUUAAUGGGGGAGCCCUGAUGAGUCGAAGACUGAGUGCAGCAGAGUUUAUGGUUAUCACUUUAUGGAAAUGCAAUCAGACCUAGAUGUUAAGGCAGAAGAACUUCUGCGUCUGCAGUGCAAAAUGACUAUUACGAUUAUUAUUACUGCACUUGGCGAUCGACUCGUCAGGGCUCCCCCACAAACAAGCGGCUGCUGGAAGAGAGUGGGUGAGUUGUGUUUGGUUUCUUUGCUAAAGAAAUCAGGCAAAGCUAAAAAGAUGGUUGAUGACUCGUGCUAUGGCUGGGACCCUAUUUGUACUGUUGAUGAAGUUAGGUGCUGUUCUGAGCAUUAUUUGUGGCAAUAGAGUGGCUUUUUGGUUGAGGUUUGUGUGUGGCUCCUCAGACUGCUGUGUACUGCUAUCCUGUGGUCAUUACUAAAGUUGGUAUAACUAGAGAAGCAAGCAGUCCGUAACAUUCAUCUCUCGAGGGGGUGUCUAAGUCGGUGUCAUGGUGUGUUUGACCCUAACUAAAUUUUACGCCGGAAUAUCCCUUUAAUCAGCUAAAACUUAGUUGUUUCAUCCAUGUAGAUGUCCAUUUUUCAUCGCUUUUUAUUCCUCUUUAUUAAUUAACUGAGUGAGUUAUUUUUUUUAAUUACUGAUAGGUCAAAUAACCUUGGUAUUUUAUUUUUCUCAUUUUAAAGACUAAGGAAUAAAUUCAUUGGUAAAUGUAUUUGGAAUAAAAACGUCUCGUGUUAUCUGUUUUUUUAAAGGGAGCACAGAAGGUGAGCAGGCAGAGAAAUCUCCAUCAGAUGAAGGAUUCACUGACUUGGAGCCCACUGUGAACGGGAGCGCUGAAGACUCAGAGGGGACAUUCUCAAAAGCCCCCCACAUUGUGAAUGGAGACCCACAGGGACUAGUACUGAGCUGCCCAAACCAAGGAGACACUCAGGACAAGCCAAAGCUUUGUGAAACUAAAGGGAAGCUGGAUGAAGAAGAGGAUGAAGGCGUUGCUCAGAACAGCUCUGUGGAGGAUGGAGAGUCAAUACAAUCCUCUUUAGAGACUGAAAAACAGGACGACUCAAACGAUGUCGUUAAAACGCAGGACAGAGCUGAAACCAAAGAUAUUAAACCUAGAGGGACCGAAGAGCUGCUAAACGAUGCACAUGAUGAAAUAAUCACUGCACCGGUGGACCAAAACCAGAAGUUAAGUAGAGAGGAGGCUGCACAGGCUUGUGGGAACUCCAGCCUGAAGAGACUCAGCCCAAAUAAAGAGGCUGGAGGCACUGCACUGAGCGAUGAGGAGAGACGAAAGAAAAACUACGAGGCAGAAGUGAAGUCAUGGCUGCUUGAGAGGAUGCAGGCUCCGAUCGAAGGCAGGGAUUAAAAAUGAUCGAUUCAAUAUGAUACUGUAUUUAUGUGACUCAAUACACGCUAAAAUAUUGUUUCCUCUCUCUUCUGCAGACAUGCUGCUCUCGUCAGAGGAGAAAAGUAAAAACCCGCCUAUGUUCCUCUGCUUCAAAGUAGGAAAGCCAAUGAGGAAGUCCUUUGCCUCUGGGAUGACCUCUAGUCCCACCCACUCUUUUGGAGGGCGGGGCAAACAGCCAGAGUACUGGUUUGCUGUCCCGCAGGAGAGGUAAGAGAGUGACCACCUAUUUCAUUUAUAAACACCCAUUUAUUAUGCAUUAUUCAGAAAUCCAGAAAGGAUUUGUUUGUCUAGUGCAAUUUUUAAUAGGUUGUAUUUUGUAACAUGACAGUUGUAAGGGGAAAACAGUUUGCAUGGUGGCUCAGAUAGGCAGAAAAUGGAAAAUUUAACUCUAUGUUGAGUAGGGCUGGGCGAUAUGACUUCUAAUCAAUAUCACGAUAUAUUGAGCAAUUCACCUCGAUAACGAUAAAUGGAUGAUAACUACUCCACAAGCUGCUCACCUCCUCCCACAUUAACUUUGUCGACUUCAGCCUCUGCUCCAGCCGCUACAACUUUUGAACCGUCCUCCAUCUCCUCACCUGUCUUUCCCUCUUUGUUAUGGACUGGAUUGGGUGUCUCUGACAUAGGACAGCGUCUUAAAGGGACAUGAGACCAUAGCCUACCUACACACAUCCAAAACAAACUUUUAUUUAUUUACUAUCAUUUUGCCCAUAUACCGAUAUGGGCAAAAUGACAUUGGUUGUUGUCAUAAAUUUUGGUAUUGGUAAAUUUUCUGUGUAUCGUCCAGCCCUUUUGUUGUCUUAUUUACAAGACCAUUCACGGCAUCAAAUUUAAAAAGGUAGACAAAAGCGUAACAUACACUAAUUUUAAGUGAUGAGAGAUUUAUUCUUUGAGAUUAUAUUAUUUUCUGGCAGGGUAUUUUUUGGAUACAUGGAGUUGAACUGCACUCACUUCUGUUACUGUAGCCCUAUGAGCUUAUGUGCAUCUUUAUGUUUUGAUUGCUUCAUUCCUUCAUGUUAGGAGGUUCAAAAAGAGUAAACAAAAGUACGGUAAGUAGUAAGUAGUAAAAGUACUGAUGCAUGUCCACAUCAAAAUACACUUAAAAUCAAAAGUAACGGUGAACAUCAAAAUAUUUGACCGACCAGGUUUUCAGUGGAAGUCAGAGUCCUGUAGGAGUACCACGUACGUAACUACAGCGAAGCAAGGACAAGGGAGUAAUUCUGUGUAAAGCAAUACAUCUGGUGAAGACUUCUAACAGUCACUGUGUGUGUGUGUGUGUCUGUGUGUGUGUUCCAGGGUGGACCAUCUGUAUGCCUUUUUUGUCCAGUGGUCUCCAGAUGUGUACGGGAAGGAGGCUCGAGAGCAGGGCUUUGUUGUUGUGGAGAAAGACGAGCUGGACAUGAUUGACAACUUCUUCAGUGACCCCGCUUCCUGCAGCUGGGAGGUGAGCUUCAUUAUCGAUACCAAGUGUUUGUUUCUGGAUUCAUACUUGAGAGACCUUUAACACUGAAUAAGCUUUCUUUAAGACCGGUGGCCUGUUUGCAUGGGUAGUGAAGAUCUGUGUCUGUGGUUUCUCAUGUCGCCUUGCUUGUUUUCUCCAAGAUCAUCACUAUUGAUGAGGCAAAGCGCAGGCAGAGUUUUGGCAGCUGUGAUGGCGAUUUGUCCGUGGAUGCUCUGCCCAUACUUAGUGACACCAGUGAUCUGCUACAGGACACACACAUUGAGAAGGUAACUUUAAUGCUGAGUGCUUAAAGUGACGCAUUAACUGGUAGAAAAGUUGCUCUUAGGAUAGACAAUGAAAAUAGUCUGGAAAAACAACAAAACUCUCAUCAGUGCCUCUCUUGAUCAUAUCCUGUAUUUUUCCCUCCAGCUUGCCUGUCGCCUGCCAGCCCGUGUGCAGGGCUAUCCUUGGAGGCUGGCCUAUAGCACUGUGAGGCAUGGGACCAGCCUGAAGACUUUGUACAGGAGCCUGGCAGAGGUGGACAGUCCUGUGCUGCUUGUCAUUAAAGACAUGGAUAACCAGGUAGAUGCUGUUUAAAAAUCACACAAAACGACACAAAUGGGUUUGAAACCCACUGUUACUGUUUUUUUACUUUGUAAAGAUUUUUUUAAGAACUUGGUUUGAGUCAAUUAUGGUGCUCGCUGUGGACAGAGCAGUCUUUAUUUUAUCCUGUCCUCUGUAUGUCUGAACAGUUAUUUUUGACUAAAACAUCUUAUCUUAUCUUACCAACUUUGGACUGCCAAAUGUAUCAAUUCUUGUGAAUAUUUUAUGUGGAAACUGUAGAAACGAGGCUGUUGGCUGACACCUAACCCCUCACACUGGUUUCAUCUAUUAGAAAUUAAGGUGUAAAAUUUUCUUUGGUGUCACUUUUGGAAAUCACAAAAAGGCAGCAGUAUGAAUUUCAGUCUGUUUCAUUAACUUUAAAUAAUUCCCCAUGGGAGCUUCAACUAAGUGCAAGAUAGUGACAAGCAGAAGACUUGCUUUUUUAUGACGACCUUUAAAACUUUUUUUUAAACAACCAAAUGUUGAAAAUGUGGAAUAAUGCUGAAGAGUUUCUGAAUAUUUUGGUUUUUGAAUGAAGUUUCUACAUGGAAGUAUAGCGGAGUUGAAGGCUUUUGAAGUUGUGUGAAAAAAUGUGAGAAAAGGGCCAUUUUGAACAUUCCAUAAUGCAUUUAUAAUGGGAUAAAUCAGUUGGAAAACCUGGAAUAACUUGAAAAUUAUGAAUGUUAGAAAAAUUUUGAAUACACCCCUGAAUGUUCUCAUGACAAUGAAUAUUUUGAAGUUUGAAUGGUUUAAAUACGUUAAAGUAUGUGGAAGAAGUAACGGCACAAAAACUGUGAAAGUUGCUAUAAUAACUAGAAAAUGCAAUUUCUGAAGAAAUUGCGAGUGGGAUUGCUCCUGUUGAAAUUGCUAUCGCUAAGCUGCUGUUGCGAAUGGAGAAAUUUUGAAAAUAUGUGAAAGAUAAGAAUGUUUUAAUUAUCAGGAAGAUUUGAAUCAAUUUGAAUAAACUCAAUUGAAUGAAUGAAAUCCCUUAUGUGUAAGGUUUGAAGAAUCAGUACGGUUUGAAUCAGUUCAAAUGAGUUGGAAUUUGUUUGACCAAAUGUUUCAACAUUUUUUUGAAAAACCCCAAAACACCACUGGGACUGGCAUUCCCAGCGAAUUUAAUGACAAUUUUGCUCAAACGGAGAGAAGUUAUUUUUCUAUCUACUAGAUCAGUAGAGGGUAAAGAUAUUUUUAAAAUGUUUGUGCUCAAUAACUUUAAAAAAACAAAAUUAAUAUCUCAUUGAUAAGCAUAUUAGCCACAGGACUGAAAAAAAGUUUCUUUAUCCUUGAUAAUACCAGGGAUCAUCAUGUAUUAUCUGUUCAUAAAUCUUAAAUCUAUCUUCUCCACUUUUUCCUAGACAGCUCAUCUUGGUCUUGACUCCUUGUCAUAAUGUCUCCCAACAAAAAGACCAUCCUCUCAAGAGUUUGAAUACAUGAAACAAAAUAGUUUGCUGUCAUUCAAAACCAUUAUGCUUUCUUAGAUUUGAUCAUUUUUUUCCUUUUUAAAAACCAGGAGCUUCCAUUUGUCAGUCUUUUUCCUUAUUUUAUUUCAUCUGCAGCGUGAUCCAUGCACAUCGAAGUUCCAUCUCCUCAGCUUAACAUUUUUUUUUUUUUAUUUAAGUUUACAAUUUGUGAAGAUUUACAUGAGAUCUUUUUUUUCUAUACAAGCAUGACUGUUUCAUUCGGUUUUGAAUUACUUUUUCCUGUUAAAGACCUUGAUUAUUAUCAGGGAAUUAAAUCCACCUCUUCCUGCAGAUAUUUGGAGCAUUCUCAACUCAUCCGUUCAGAGUGAGUGAACACUGUUACGGCACAGGAGAGACUUUCCUCUACAGCUUCUGUCCUGAGAUAAAGGUCCGUCUUGAUUUGUCAUCAUGAGACUCUGGGAGUAAUUUUUCAAUUUCCUACUGAGCUCAUCACUCUUUUGUUGUUUUUUUUCAGGUGUAUCGCUGGACGGGGGAAAAUUCUUAUUUUGUGAAGGGAAAUAUUGAUUCCCUGCAGAUGGGUGGAGGAGGGCAAGUAGAUUUUUCAGCAACAUUGCAAAGAACAACCUUGUUAUGUGUGAUUUUAUGCAUCUUUUUACUAACUUUGUCCCCUCCCCAUCUUACUGCAGUGGUCAGCUAGGUCUGUGGCUGGAUGCUGAGUUGUACAGAGGCACUACUACCAAAUGCGCCACCUUCAACAACCAGCCACUCUCUGCCCAGCAGGACUUCAACAUCCACAGCCUGGAGGUCUGGACCUUUGAGUAGCCUCCUCUGCUCCAGCUACUUCGACAUUCACCCUCUACUUCAAACCCUCAAACACCCCCUACACACCACCGCAUGGAGGCCAAUCUAGCUAACCCACAAUGACACUGACAGUUAAGCUAGAGGAGACAGAAACAGUUGGCUGAAAGUGGAAAGUCUUCUGUGGCCCGUCUUUGAGGUGGGUUUAUCUGCAGGUAGGUUUGUUAGUGGUUUGUCCUUCCUGUGCGAGGAGAUGACGUAGCUCUCAGUUCAAUGGCUGCCUUAGACAUACUACAAAGCCUCUAGCUUCCCCAGCAUGCAGACUGCCUUACCACCAAAAGCUUACGAGGAUAGAGAGAGAGAAAGAGGGGAAAAGGCUGCUGAUGAUGCCCUCUCAUUUCAAGUGUCUGAGAAAGGUGCUCCAUAUUGCUCUAGGUGUACUGGUGCAGUAAUAAUGGAUAAUGUAGUGUGGUUGUUUGGGAAUGUACAGGAUUAUGUGCUGAGGAACAUUGGAAUGGUAUAUUUUAUAAUGAUGACAUUUUUAACGUGGAGAAAGUGAAAUUUACAAGUGGGGUUUUGGGACCCCUCACCAUUAAAUGAAGUCUCACUGCAGGAAAUAUCUCCAUUGUUUACAACAGGAGUGUCACACCUCCCCUGAAAGCCGCCUUGUUCUCUUAUUUUAAGCCUAUGAAUGAGAACGUUUCAUCACAUUUCCUCACGAUACAUUUACAUUCCCCCUCAUACAAUCCCAGUGAGUUUUAAAGCCAGGAAACAUUUGCAAUGACCAAAUAUGUUUAAGUUUAAAUCGGUAUUUGUUGUGAGUUUAUCAUAUUUUAUAGAAUAUUUUAGAAGUUUUAUUUUUACAUUUUAUUUUUACAUUGUUUUUACAGAGAGUGCUGAUUUUUUUUUUUUUAAUGGUUAUACUUUUAUUGAAAUGUUGUGUUAAAUAUUUUGGUUUUGAUUGGACCCAAUAGGCACUAGAAAUAAUUGUUGCCAGUAUUGAAUUCAGAUGUCAGUCACGAAGUUUAUCACUUAAGAUUUCAUUUGUUGUUUGUGGUUCAGAUUCAGAGAGGAAGCCAGUUGAAGUUUGGCUCAAGGUCGCUUUGCACUACAAGAUCAAUGGAUGGUUAAAGCUGUACAGUAGCCCUGUGUAAUCAAAGCAUUUCUUCAGUGUAAAACUGUUACUGAAUGUUGUUUAAUCACCACUACUGGAGGUCAAAGGUCGACCUCUGUUUCACAUAAAAUCGGAGUAAAAAGGGAUUGUCUGUUUUUUGCAUUCUGGUGUACCACUAACUUAAUAUUUCAAAUCUACUAACUUGAAAAUAAAUGUUCAUUUACGCCCGGUGAAUGUGACACAGGCUUGUAAUGCAUGAAUGUGCAAUACUGCUAAUGUAUCACAGCACUGUUAUAAAACCGACCAUACAAACUAUUCACUAAUGCCAGUUAUUGCUUCAUGUGAAAAUGAGCUGUGUUGUGUCUGUAGCUGUUAAGUGUUGUAACUGUGAAUGCUUCCUGAGUAUUAUUUCAUGUGAAUCCAAACUGCUGGUCUGUGAUAUCACAAAAAAUCUAUUUAUUGUGUUGUUAUUGCAACCACAUUUAAACCUAAAUAAAUGUUAUAUAUAUACACACACAAA